GGCUGCAGAGAUGCUGGACACCGCGGUGGAGGGUCCCUGGCGGGGUGGCCGGGGGAAGCUGGCCCUGUUUGGUCCUGGCUGGGCUGGGAAGGCAAUGCAGGCAGCCGGGGCGGGCCUGGAGCAUCGCUCAGCCCUGCAUUUGACAUAAGACAAGCCGGUGCUCCUUUCCCACGCAGCCCGGCUCUGCUGGGAGGGGAAAGCCUUGCCCCGGACAACUAGAAUUUGGCAAAUCGGCAUUAUUGCAAGUAACACCCCGCUUCCCAGGAGCAUUUGUCUUGUUGCUGGCUGGCGCGGGCCCCAGGAAUCGGAGCUGCAGGGCCACAUCCAGGCCCAGACAAACCCCGUGUCCAACACGACAGCCCUGGGCAUCACCCCAGCCCCGGCCCCCCGGGAAAGCAGGGGGGCCGUGACCGCCAACGUCCUGCUCCUACGAAACGUUAAUAGACGCUUAAAAGAUCCCAGGCCCAGGCCGUGCCCCCGCUGCAGAGGAAGGUGAAAUCCCCCAGUCCGGACCAGUCUGAGCAGAGGGGAAAUCCCUUCCUGCCCCCAGUGCAGUGUGGGGCUGAGCCCGAGUGCGGGGCAAGACCCUCCAGCCAGGAACCGCUGGCUUCAAGCCCCAGCGUUGGCACAGCUCGGUCAAAGUCCCCAACCUGCAGCCAACACCCAGCGCCUCUGGGGGAGAAUUAAAAACCCCCUUGACACAUGGAGCAGAAAGGGGAGAAGGGGGCAACCAGCACAGCCCAGAGCCUGGGACAUCCCCACCGCAGGGCACGGGCAUCGCUGCACCCAGAUUGUGCCCCCCAGAGCCCGUCCACCUCUCCUCGAACCCCCCAGUGAUGGGGAGUCCCCCUCCUCCCUGGAGUCUCUCCCACGACCUCCCUGCCCUGCCAGCAAAGAAGUGCUUCCUGAUCUCGAACCGAAACCAACUUUGCUGCAACUUCCACGUCCUCCUCCCUGCAGCAAGAAAAACAGCCCUGCCCUUCCUCCUUGAGAGAUGCUGAGACUCCAGCCAGCAGCUCAGGGUUCAGCUGGGCCCGGGAUCGGGGGCACGCACUCCAAGGUGGUGCUGAUCUCCGAGGAUGGCAAGAUCCUGGCUGAGACCGACGGGCCCUGCACCAACCACUGGCUGGUCGGCUCUGAGAAAUGCCUGGAGAGGAUCAAUGAGAUGGUCAGCAAGGCCAAAGGAAAGGCGGGCGCGGAUCCGCAGGUGCCCCUCCGCUCGUUGGGGCUGUCCCUGAGCGGCGGGGAGCAGAAGGAGGCCAUCAAGAAGAUGAUCGAGGAGCUGCAGACCCGAUUCCCGCAGCUGAGCGAGAACUACUACAUUACCACCGAUGCCAUUGGCGCCAUGGCCACGGCCACCGACCAUGGCGGCGUGGUGCUGAUCUCGGGGACCGGCUCCAACUGCAAACUCAUCAACCCCGACGGGACGGAAAUUGGCUGCGGGGGCUGGGGCCACAUGAUGGGGGAUGAGGGCUCCGCCUACUGGAUCGCACACCAGGCUGUGAAGAUCGUCUUCGACUGCAUGGACAACCUAGAGGUGCCUCCGCACGACGUGGGCUACGUCAAGCAGGCCAUGUUCGACUACUUCCAGAUCUCGGACAGGAUGGGCCUCUUGACUCACCUCUACCGGACCUUCGAGAAGUCCAAGUUCGCCGGGUUCUGCAAGAAACUCGCGGAGGGUGCUCAGGCCGGGGACCCGCUGUGCUGCUACAUCUUCAACAAGGCUGGAGAGGUGCUGGCCCGGCACAUCGUGGCCGUCCUGCCCAAAAUGGACAAGAGCCUCUUCCUGGGGGAGCUGGGGCUGCCCAUCGUGUGCGUGGGCUCCGUGUGGAACAGCUGGGACAUGAUGAAGGACGGCUUUGUCCAGGUCCUGAAUCGGGCCAGGAGCGAGCACCCAGGCAGCAUCUUCUCCAAGUUCAGCCUCUUGAAGCUGAAGCACUCAUCGGCGCUGGGGGGAGCCAGCCUGGGAGCCAAGCAAAUAGGCCAGGCCCUGCCUCUGGACUACACGGCCAAUGUGGACAUCUUCUAUACACACUCCUUCUAGGCUCCGUCCACUCCCCCCGGCGGAGGCUUCUCCGUCCACCUGUACUGUCCACUCCGGGUAUCAGCCAUCCGUGUUUGAUUGUUGCCGUCUCUCUCUCUGGGUCCGCGUCCGAGUAAGAGGCUGCGUACGCCAAAGGGAACGUAUCCGGCUUUUGUACAAACGGGUUUUGUAAUUCAUUAAUAAAUGGCUCUGAGCACUCCGGCCUCCUGUCUCCCCUUCUGCCUC